UUCAUCUGGGAAAUUCCAAUACAGGUAGAGAGGCCCCCAGUUUGGAAGUAAAAUAGAUUUUAAACCGGUUUAGAGCUUGCAAAAAUGUCUGCUAGUCGUGUUGCAGUUGUCACAGGCGGAAAUAAAGGCAUCGGUUAUGAGAUAGUGAAAGAAUUAUGCUCGAAAUUUGCAGGGAUUGUUUACUUGACCGCUCGAGACAAGGAUCGCGGUUUGGCUGCUUGCGAGAGGUUGGUGAUGGAAGGCUGUAAAAACCCUCCUAAAUUUCAUCAACUCGACAUCGCCAGCGAAGAAAGCGUCGAGAAAUUCCGAGAUCACAUCAAGGAAACCUACCAGGGGUUGGAUGUCCUCGUCAAUAACGCGGGAAUGGCCUACAAGAAGAAAUCAACUGCCCCUUUUGCAGAACAGGCAGAAAAUACAAUCAAGGUAAAUUUCUUGGGGACCUUGAAUCUUUGCAAGAGUCUAUUCCCGUUGCUGAAGCCACAUGCAAGGGUAGUGAAUGUGGCAUCCAUGGCAGGGAUGCUGCGUAGAAUCACAACCGAAUCUUUGAAAGAUGAGUUAACACGGCCAGAUAUCACAGAAUCUGAGCUGGUUGGUUUGAUUCAGCAGUUUGUUGAUGCUACCAAGGCGGGUGACCAUGAGUCCAAAGGAUGGCCAACUCAAAGCUAUGCUGUUUCCAAGUUAGCUUUAAACAUCCUCACCACAAUUCAAGCAAGAGAUCGUCCUUAUGAUAAAGACACAGAUGUGCUGAUAAAUUCUUGCUGUCCUGGAUGGUGUAGAACUGACAUGGCAGGUCCAAAUGCGACAAAGUCCGCAGCCGAAGGUGCAGAAACACCUGUCUUCCUUGCCCUUAUUCCACCACGAUCAGAGCAACCCCAUGGAAAGUUUUAUUUUGAGCUAAAGGAGAUAUCCUGGAAAUAGACAGUUUUCGGCAGUUGAUAUAACUAAUUUUAUAUAAUUUAUAUUCUAUCUGUGAUUCAAUCAACUACCUGUAAUUUUUCCCUGAUGAGUGAAAUCAUCCCCUCUUCAAAAGAGAUUUACAUAUAGGCACAUAACUUAGGCACCUACUUAGACUUAAAAUUACUUAUACUUAGAAUUACUUUUACUUAGACAUACAGCUUUUUAAUUGUUAUAAAAAAUUACAUGGAUGAAAUGGAGCUAAAAUGGCCCCUUCUACUGUUUUUGAUGUAUUUCAAGUUUGGAAAGUUCAAUUUUUUAAACAGCUUGAGUGGCAAUGCUCUAGGAUUUACCAUUACUGUUUGUUUUUGAAAUCUAGUAAUUGCAUAUAUAUUGCCAUAUAUAAUGAUUGCAUUUACAUUAUAUUUCAUCCAGGAUUUUCUAAUAAAUUUUAGCAACCUUGGUAAUAAA